AUGCCCAGUCAAGAUUCUGUUGGUACUCAGAAUGCUUCUCUCGCAACCCCAAUGCAAGCGCAAGUGCAAGAGCAAGAGCCAUUGAACACAAGUAACGAUCCCAAAAAGAUUCAUAGCGGGGACAGGGUGCGUGGCGAGGCAGUCACUCAGGAAGCAAAGCCGCAUGAAAUGUUCAGGCAACCAGAGACGCACACCAUCACCGAAGAGCAACUGAUCAGUGAAGUGCGGGGAAUUUAUACCGGGCUUGUUAUGGUGGAAAAGAAGUGCAUCGAGAUCGACAGACAACAGGCGCAAUCCAAAGUCGAACUAUCACAGGCUCAGUGGCAGACCUACGUUUCGCUCCACCGAACGCUGCUCUAUGAACAUCAUGACUUCUUUCUCGCCUCUCAACACCCGUCAGCUGGUCCGAUCCUCAGGGACCUGGCUACCAAGUACGCGAUGCCGGCGCGCAUGUGGCGGUAUGGAGUGCAUUCAUUCUUAGAGCUGUUGCGUCAGAAACUCCCCGGCUCCAUGGAGUAUAUGCUCGACUUUGUCUACCUCUCGUACUCAAUGAUAACUUUGCUGCUGGAAAGCGUGCCAAAAUUCAGAGCCACUUGGCUCGAAUGUUUGGGCGACUUGGCACGGUACCGAAUGGCCGUGGAAGAAUUCGAUAGGACGGACCGCGAACUCUGGGCAGGGGUAUCGAGGUAUUGGUAUACUCAGGAUGCCGACCAAAGUCCAGAAAAUGGCCGUAUCCAGCAUCAUCUUGCUAUUUUGGCUCGGCCGGACGUUCUUCGGCAGUUCUUUCACUACACGAAAGCAUUGAUCAGCGUGCGUGCAUUCCCAAAUGCUCUCAAGAGCAUGAUCCAGCUAGUCACUCCUCUGAUGAACAUAAAUAUGCCGGUCCAGGGGGUAUGUUUCGUUACGUCAUUUGUGACUGCUCACGGUGCCCUUUUCAUGCAAGCUCCGGUUGAAGAAUUUGUCUCUCGGGCGAACGUGUUUCUUACUACUCUGCGGAAAGAGAUUGGCCGGGUAGAUUGGGACAGGCAGCAAGAUGUGCAACUCAUGUCUUGCAAUAUCGCUGCAAUAUUUCAAUAUGGGAACAAAAAUGCAGUGGUGGAAAGAGAUUUCACAUUGAAGUCACGCAAUCCAUCGGCAACAGAUCGUCUAGCGGCAAUGAGAUGGGCCUCUAGUGCAUCGAAUGUACCCAUUCACACCACAUCCAGCGAUCUCUCGUCCCAGCUUGCAUUCCGGGCAAGUUCUCUCACGUUUCACACAUUAAUCGUUAUGUUAGGCCAAAUCGAUGAUCCAAAGAUAUACCCCAGUUUGCAUAUCUCUAUGGCAUUUGUGUGGUGUCUGGCACUCAACCCAGCUGCCGUAAAACGACUAGAACCGUUGGUUCCGUGGUCGCUACUUGCCAAUUAUUUAAACACUUUGUUCCGUCCCGACACGAUCAUUUCGAAGAUUGAAGCCGAGUCGUUCCCCCUUCUUGAAGACUCAACAACACAUCAGCUACCAGAGGAUUUCUUGAUCAGAGGACAGGCAUGGAGCCGGCUAUACUACCCAGACAACUUCUUCGAUGGGGCUCCUACAGAAGACAACAGACCACUUAAAGAAGAGCCUUCGACAGUGAUUCCUAGAAGUCAUCGAUGUCUUUGGCUGGGAGUGCGGAUUGCAACUGUCUGUUAG